AUAGGGAUGAUGCCUCUCAACACAAUCUCUUCUUAAAGAAAGGUAAACAUAUGGACUUCCUCUCUCUGUUUGCAAUUUAUGUGGCGGUCGUUCUGACCUGCAUAGCCCUGGUUUGUAAAUACUCCGGUCAGCAACAAACUCCCUUUGGACAGCUAUUCAAUGCUGUAUCAACGGUAAUCUCUCCUUGGAUCCCACAAUGGCUUCAAACUGUUUUCAACAAAAUUUUCCACAAACUUUUUCAUCAAAGGAACAAACUGUUUCUAUACCUGCACCUUCUACUCGAGGUUGCAGUAUAUGGAGAAUUUUCUUAUGAGGUAUUUGGCUUUUGUAUGGAGAUGGACACCAGUUUGAUCAGCUUGUCUAUCCCAUACGUGCUUCUGGCACUGAAGUCUUACCUAUUUUACCUCUGUUGUAGUAGAGACCCAGGUACAGUGACAAAGAAAAACCAUGCUGCACUACUUAAAAUGUAUCCGUACGAUGAGAGGUUGUUUCAUCAAGGAACGAGCUGCCCGACGUGCCUUCUGACAAAGCCUGCCAGGUCGAAACACUGUCGGUUGUGCAACAGAUGUGUCCACCGAUUUGAUCACCACUGCGUGUGGGUAAACAACUGCAUCGGAGCUAAAAACACCAGGUUUUUCCUGUUGUACCUGCUUAGCGUGUGUGCCAUGGCUGGAGACAUUGCACUGCUGACAGGGGACAUGCUACUGCACGCUGUCCUGCGGUCUGGUCUCAUGCAUGCUUACUACAUUGACGAGAAUGGUCAGCAGCAGUCUACAGGACUGCUCUUUGUGAUUCAGCACCUCUUCCUCACGUUUCCUAGAAUAGUCUUCAUGCUGGGUUUUGUGAUCUUCGUCUUUUUCCUGUUGGCGGGAUAUACUCUGUUUCACUUCUACCUUGCCUUUGUUAAUCAAACCGCCAAUGAGUGGUUCAGAGGGAGGGGCCAUGGCUGUCAGCACUGCAAUCCAAUGUCGGGACAUCAGUGCCGUCCAUCGUACAAUCCCCUCAGGGGUUUCUACAAUAGGGGCGUCCUGAGAAACCUUGGGGAAAUCUUUAGGCCCUUAGGUCCUACUCAGAAAAAAGUCAAUUAG